AUGACAAGCAGCAGCAGCAGUGAGGGAGUGGGAGCUUGCACAGGCUGCGUGAAGAAACUGGGGAAGAAGGAGGGAGUGGUGAGGAGGGAGCCCAGGGCCGGGUCUGAAAAUGCAAAGGGCGAACAGGCCUCCAGAACGGAUCCUGUUCGCAACCAGAGGUACCACUGUAAACUGAUUCAUCAAUCUAUAGCACUUUUUGUGAUCAUUUUCUCCCUCUUACAGCUUGGUGUAAAGAAAAAGAAGUACAUGCCUUAUAAUCACCAGCAUAAAUACUUCUUUAUCCUUGGACCACCAGCUCUGGUGCCUUUCUACCUGCAGUGGUACAUCUUCUACUUUGUUGUCCAGCGCAAACAAUGGGCGGAUCUGGCCUGGAUGGUGACUUUCUACAUCCGUUUCUUUUUGACUUACUCAUACCUACUGGAACUGAAGGGUCUCCUUGGUCUCUUCUUUCUGCUCAGAUUUAUAGAGAGUCACUGGUUUGUCUGGGUGACACAAAUGAACCACAUCCCAAUGAACAUUGAUUAUGACAAGAAUGUGGACUGGCUUUCAACCCAGCUCCAGGCAACAUGCAACGUAGACCAGUCCCUGUUCAACGACUGGUUCAGUGGGCAUCUCAACUUCCAAAUUGAGCACCACCUUUUCCCCACCAUGCCUCGACACAACUUCCACAAGGUGACCCCCUUGGUGAAGUCCCUAUGCGCAAAGCACGGCAUCGAGUACCAGUCCAAGCCUCUGCUCACAGCCUUUGCAGACAUUGUACAUUCUCUGAAGGAUUCAGGAGAGCUCUGGCUCGAUGCGUACUUGCAUCAGUAAGAAGCAGCUGACAUCGCUCACCCUUGCUGCCUCCUGCCAUUGGCAUCUUGAAGAGCGCAGAGGCCUGGCUUAAUCAACCGCGGGCAGCUGGCUGAGCUGAAUGCUGGGACUGAGUAUGAUGUUUCAAGAAGUCUUGUUCCUUCCUCUUCACUCAUGCACCUCACUCUCCUUCUUUCUGCUCUUGGAAGAUACUGCAACCUUUCCAGAUGUGCACGUUCACCAGGGAGAACUCUUCAGGACCAGGAAACGAUGCUCAUUUCUUUGCCGCCAUUUCACUUGCUUUGUAUGUAGAAGGGAAAUCUUACUUAGGGAUCUCUUAAGGCUUCUGUCGCCCUGGGGUUGAGCUUGCCUGGCUCCCUCCUAGAGUAAACAAGGACCGAGGAUGUGGAUGUAGUCUGAUGAGCAAGGUGGAGAGGAGAAAGCUUAGGGAAGGAGAAGAAAAUGCAGGAUCUGAGGAGCUGUUGGUAGAAAGAUUAGGACACGAAAGCUUGAAGUUGGGAAAUGAGGCAUAACCAGGAUUAGAGAAGACAACAGAUGCCAAACUACUGUGCAGGUGAUUGUGAGUAGAGAGCAGCCAAAUACUGAUACAGGCACACAUUCCAGGGCCAGGCUAGAGAAUGGCCAGCCUAUCUUAACUACAGAAAGCAGUCUGGGCUAGGCUUUUUGAGCUCAGGAGUCCAAGACAUUCCUGGGUGUACUUUUCACAAAGACAAAAACGUGCCUUAAUUACAGACGUGGCACUACUACCACUCCACAGGGCCAUAUUUUGAAAGGGGGAUAAUGAAUGUCUGGUCUGGCUACUGCUCAAACUUCCAGAGGCAAAUUGGGAGUACGAAGAUGCCCAAGUCUCUCAGCUUAGCUACUGAUAUGCCUCAAGAACAAAUAGUAUAUACUUUCGCACAACUGGAACUGCACUCUUUCUGUAUUGCUCAGUUGCUAAGGGCUGUUUCUAGAUCACAUACCUGAUUACACUAAUUCUGUUCUACAAAUAGGACUAAACCUCUGGGGUGUUUGCUGCUACAACAGAGGGGGUGACAGCAACUAAAGCACAAGUCCCGAGCAGUCAU